GUGUGCAAGUGCGAUCUGGUUUUUGUAGCAUUUGUGAUGUUUAUUGUUUUGCAAUAAGAAACUAAAAUGGAAUUGAUGCAGAUUAAAAAAUUCAUCUGCAUUGCUUUCAAUUAUGUAAAUUAAAGCAAUUUCCUCUUAAGUUUAAUAGUAAUUUGAAAUAAUCGCGCCACUCACAAGUUGCGUGCCGUGUGUAAGAAUUUCAUUUCUCCCACACAAAACGUUAAAUGACAAGGAAAAUGACCAGUUAUAAUUGUGGAGUAAUUAACGACAGUAAUAAAGCGAAAUGUGUGGUUUUCACUCCAUAUGGCGCCGUGAAAAUUUUAAAUUUUUAAAUUUUGUAGGUAAUUGAAAGUGAAAGUUAUAGUUCUUUUUUUAAACGAAGUAGAUGUUCGUAAUGUGUACCGUAGCAGAUAUGUGCUUUUUCUUAUUGUAUGUGGAUAAAUAUAUUUUUAAAAUUGAUAAACCACUGUUAACUAAAUAACACAAUUGCACCUAUUUAUAGAAAUGUCGAUACCACUGGUAUCAAAAUUUUAAAACCUUAAUGUUGUUCAUGUCGAAUGAUAUUCCAAAAAUAUUUGUAAGUAUAAUAUUAUUUCCUUAUUUUUAUUAAUCAAAAUUCAACUUCAUUAUUAGGCAACACGUAAAACAGACUAGAAUCUCAGUUUACAACAUUUCGUUUUUCUUCGGCAGCAGAAAGGACUUAUGUAUUACUAGGAUAAAUAGAUAUAUGGUAUAUAUUUGUUGUGUAUUUUGUGUUUGUGUGACAAUAACUAUAUGACAUCAAAAAAUAAAAAAUCAGCCACGUUUUUUAUCUUACAUAUAUUUUGACCUUGCCAUAGUAUGUGGACAGUUCAACUGGAGGUUUUCAUUCAGUAGUGCCAUAAUGAAAGAAUCAAAUGUUGUUAGCACUGUAUUUGCGAAUUUCAAUUACCAAUAGAAUUACUAUCUACGUUUCCGCGCCAUUUUUAUUUGAAAAUUGAAUCCCUAUAUGUGGAACUUUUCUUGUGGGACUUAUUACAAUUUAUUUUUGAGUUACAUUUUAUCUCAUAAAUUUAUGCCAAAUCUCAGUUAUUAAUAGUACAUAUUCGAAAUAAAAUAAAAAUGUUUUAUCAUUUUGUUAUCAUGUUAUCAUUGGCAGAGCAUAAUAGUGACUCACAAAUAUUUAGUCUCUCUAACAAAGCAACAAAGGAAAACAUGUUCAAUGAAUCUGUGUCCAGAAGCAUCAGCAAAGAAGAAAAAGUGCCAAAAUAUGUGAUAAAAUUAGAAAGAGAUUUCAUUGUUGGUGAACCCUUAGGAGAAGGAGGAUUUGCACAGAUUGUUAAGGCUCAACAUAAACUUGAUAACAAUGUGUAUGCCAUAAAAAUUAUCAAGUUCGACUCUGAUAUCGAUGACCUGACGGAAACUGAACGGGAAGUGAAAAAUUUAUCACAAUUAUACCAUAAAAACAUAGUCAGAUAUUAUAAUUCUUGGAUCGAAAUUGCUCGACUUCCCUUGCGUUUAAAAAAUUCACUGGACGAAAAAUCUUUAGUUUCAGAAAUUAAAAUUCUGGGCGACAAGGGCUUGUUUGUAAGCGAACCAGAAGAAGAAAUCGAAAAUGAGGAAAACUGGGAACUCGCUAAGUAUUUGUUCAUUCAAAUGGAGCUGUGUGAGAAGAAAACACUUCGAUCAGCGAUUAAUGAAGAUCUGCACUUGAAUGAAGAUCAAAUUGCUAAAUAUUUUACGGAAAUUUGCGAGGGAUUGCUACAUAUACAUCAACAUAAUAUUGUCCAUCGGGACAUCAAACCUGAAAAUAUUUUUCUUACAGCGAAAAAUGAAGUUAAAAUUGGAGAUUUUGGCUUGUCGAAGCAAAUUUCCAAAUUUAAACCAGAACAGUCAUGGUCAUGUCAUGAAGUUAUUCCUGGCAAAGAGUUGCCUUGUGGUUCUUUAACAGAUGUGUGUGGUACGCCAAUGUAUAUAGCCCCCGAGCUAUAUAAUCGAACAACUUUUAACAUAAAAGCAGAUAUUUAUAGCUUAGGGAUCACAUACUUUGAAAUGUGUUGUCAACCAAUUAAAACCCACAUGGAGAAAAGUCAAAUGUUCCCUCUAAAUUCGCAAAAAUUAAAGACAAUUAAGUUCAAUAAAAACAAUGCAAAGAAAAAAUUUCUUCUUAGAAAACUUGUUCACCUAAAUGACAACGAAAGACCCACGUGUGAACAAAUUUUGGACAUUGUUAAAUCUGCGAAGUCGGUUAAGGAAAUUAAUGAAAUGAUUCAACAAAAUAAGAAGAUUCCAAGGAAUCACUUUAAAACAUUUGAAAAAAUUAUGAAGUCUAACAAUUCUGAAAAUAUUGAUUUGAUUACGUUUUUGACGUCGACGGCGACUAAAAUUUUCGAACAGCAUGGAGCUCAAAAUAUACAAAUGCCUACAUUUUUACCAAGUUUUAGUAAUUAUUCAGAUAACUUAAUAACUUUGCUUAAUAAACGUGGAAAGUCUUCGUCUGUUUCCAAUACUUCGAGAAUUGCUUUUUCUUAUUACGUGGCAACUAAUAAUAUCAAGAAUAUUAGAAGGUACUGCAUUGGAAAGGUUUUUGAGGAAGGUUAUUUUUCGCCAAACGAAUAUCAAGAAUGUAUUUUUCAAGCUAUAUCUUCAGAGCCAGAGGAUAACGUCAUGGAUGCAGAAGUUUUGUUCAUUAGCAAGAAACUAUUGGAAACGAUUUUUCCAAGUAAACAACAAAACAUUGUCUUCUGCAUUAAUCACUCGUUUAUUUUUUCUACUAUUUUAAAAUAUUGCAAGAUUACAGAGAAACAUGCUGCAAUUUUUACUAACAUUAUGUUGAAUUUUUGCAAUAAAAGUACAACGGAUGAAGACAUGCGUUCCACAAUUUUAUCUGCAGAAUUAGACUCACGUAUUCUAGAUUCUAUGAAAGAAAUGAAAACUGCUACUAGUAUAACACAAUUCGAGGAAAAAAUUUUUGCAUUAACAAAAACAAAAUCAAAACACCUUGUUUCUGUUUUCAAGCGUCUGAAGAACAUCAUUAAAUAUGCUCAGGAAUUUGGAAUUGAUGCAGAACAGAUUCAUCUUGACCCUUUUCUGAUAAAUCGCAGACAAAAUUCGGGCUUCAUGUUUAGAAUUGUGCUCGAAGAGCAGUCAGUUUUGGCAACGGGUGGACGAUUUGAAUCACUUAUAAAAAUGUGCAGAACUACCCAAGGAUCCAAGCAAAAUUCUAAAAUUUCUGCCAUCGACGUAUCUUUCAAUGUUGAAAAUAUUAUUAAAUUGCUAACAACAGAUGAUAAACCAAGUGCUGUGGUGGACGUUGUUCUACGUGCGAAAGAAAAAUCAACAGUAAUUUCGGCCUACAAGAGUCUACUUGCUAGAGGAUUGAAAUGCACUCUUGUAACGACUCAAGUGUCAUAUGCUGACAUAUCACGUCUGAAUCCUGUAGUUGUAAUAGAUUUUGGCGACGAAAAUGUGGCAAGAAUUAUGGUAGCGAUGGGUUUACAUAAAAAUUGGCGAUUAACGCAAGUGGCUGACUGCAAAUGGACGCAAAAUGGUUUUGUAGACUAUGUCGUAGCCGUGGUUGGUAGGUUUAAAUUUUAAAAAACUAAUAUAAAUUGACAUACUUCUGCUAAAUACAUCCUGGUUAACAACAAUGUCCUGUGAGAUGAUAAAAUGUAGUGUAAUACAAUUUUAUGUGUAAUUUACCUUAGUUAGAAAUUAUAAGUUUUAUAAGA